AUGUAAAAAGAAACAACAAAAUCUAAAAAAAGUUUUAAAGCUUAUGAUUUAGAAUCUUAAAAGACAGUUUCUUAAACUAAUGAGAAACAUAAUACAUUUAACACUUAGUAAAGCGAAGAAAAAGAAGAAAAUUAGAAAAAAUAGUCUUUUUUUCAGAGAUUAUGCGGAUUUUUCUAACUUACUAAUAAUUAUGAUGGAGAAUGGCUUGAAGAAGAUAUUAUAAGAUUAAUAAAUAAAAGAAGCUAAAAUGGGAGAUAAAUAAAAAAAUUCAUAAAAACUUUAUGUGAAAACUAAAAAUUUAUCUAUGAUAAGUCAUGUGAAUUUUCAGAGAAAGUUAACUCAGCAUGUGAAUAAUAUUUUUACAGCCAAGAUUAGAAAGACGAAAUCAAAAAAAAAUUUAGUGAAGCAGCAACUAAAAGGUAUGAAAAGGAAAAGGAAUUGACAGCCAUAUAGUUUAUAUAGUAAAGAGAUGAAAAAAUUAGUAAGCAAAGAGAAGAUUAAGAAUCUAAAAAGGGAUCUCCUUAGAUUAAAGGCUUAUAAAAAUAGAUAUCUGGAUAAUCAAAUCCGUAAUUAAUUGCAUUAAAAAAGUCAAAUAUGAACUAAUCAAUUAAUGAUCAAAAUAAAUCAUCAAUGUAGAGUUAAAUAGAUUUCGAUAUUGAAAAAUAAAACUCUGGCAAAUAAAAUUCUAACUAAGAUUAAGAUGAUUUUUCAGUUGAAUAGAUAUAGCAUACUUAGUAGUAGUAAAGGAAUAGUGAAAAAGAAGAUAACAAUGAACACGAAGAUAAUUAAAGUGGAGAUGAAGAGGAUGAAGAAGAAGAUGACGAUGACUAUUAGGGGUAAAAGAGAAAAAACCAAAAUGAUGAAGACAUAGAUCUAAAUUUUACAGACAGUGAUGAAGAUGAUAAUAAUAAUGGAGAAAGUGAUGAAGAAGAUAGUGACAAUGAUAGUGAAGAGGAUGAUUAGGAAGAAGAUGACUAACAUAAUACUGAAAAUAAAUCUAAUAGUUAGAAAUAAGCUAAAGAAAAUUUAACAUUAAAAAAAUAGAAACCUUUAUUUAAUGCUUUAGAUAAUGAGCUUAUAAAAGGUAGCUCAAUAGAAAAUUAGAAUUACCGAUAAUCUAAAACACGUCACUUUUCAUUAGCUUUAGCAACAAAAGAACCUAAAUUUUUUGAAAUAUUGGAAAACAAAGUAUAAAGAAUUAGAGUGACUGAUAAAAAUAAUAGAAAUAUCAUUUCUUUCCGUAUUUUAGAUUAAAGUAUUGAUUCUUAUCUUCCUGAUAUUAUAAAUCGCAUGAGUAAUUAGUUCUAUAGCGGAGCAUUUUUCUAAAACGUUAUUUUUAACGAAUCUUCAUAUUUUGAUUUGGAAUAAGAAACAGACGAACACAAAAAAAAUUUGAUUAAAAAGCUCACUGAGCCUACUAAAAGUUUAUCGUUUGGAGAAAGAGCUAAAGAAUUAAUUAAAUUCUAUGAGGAUCAAGGUGAAGAUUUAAAAAUAUAGUUAAAAAAUGUAAGAUAAGAUAUUGAACAAGAGCAGCUAAAAUAGUAAUAUUAUGAUGGUUCAAUCAAAACAUAGUAGGCUUUCUAAUAUUAAGAGUAUUUGAAUAGGCAAAAGGCAAAAACUUUAUAGGCAAAAAACAAUUUUAAAAAAAUAUUUGCUAGAUAUUUGUUUCAUAGAGAAGAAGAUAUUUUUUAUUUAGUGUAUCAUAUAUUUAACAAAUAAAUUGUUUAUCACUCUGACUGCUUAGAUUAGCUAAAUAAGUUUGAUAGAUGGAUUCUAGUUAACUAGGGUGACUUAGAAAAAUUAAAGGAAAAGAAAAAAUAGAAGCUUUAACAGUUACUUAUGAAUGAUAAGGAAACAAUAGCUGAUAUGAUGAAAACCUUUUUAUAGGAAGUUGAUAAAUAUCUUGCUAUAGUUCACAAUCUUAAUUAAUCCUCAACUAAUUAGCCAUCUAUUACUAAAAGAAAGGAUAAAAAAGAGUUCAACAAGAAAAAAUAAAGAAAAUGA